CUGAAACACGUCAAUGUUGGUUUUGGCAGUUCAGCUGUUUUGCGGUAUUGUGUCAUUUUAGAGCAGUUCUGGAUAAAAAUGGACCGUUUCCUUGGGAACAUAGCGAUCUUGCUAACUUUUCACACCCAACACCCACCACUGCUCUCUGUGGAAAUGGGCGAUAUAAUGUGAGUCAGGUAGCCACAGCUAGCUACGUGAAUGUUAUAAAACAGUCAGGGCAAUGUAGAUAGUUAACGCUGUACAUGUAGCCGAGCGGAUUCACAGUUUUCCUGGGUUUAAAAGGGACAAAUUCUGCCUGGUCUCAGCUGCGUUUAAUAAGGCAUCCGGGAAUCGGAAAUUCUGUAUUUGUCUUUUGCGGGGAUUCAUAAGAAGGCCCCAUGGAUCAGGACUGUAGCAGUGGGUCUAGCGCCCCCGGUGGCUCGGUGGUGCAAGUGUGCUUCCCCAGCGUGAGAGCGGCCGUCUUGGACAGUCUGAACCGGCAGCGGGAGGAGGGCCGGCUCUGUGAUCUCUCCAUCCAGGUGCAGGGGCAGGUGUUCAGGGCGCACCGCUGCGUGUUGGCCGCCUCUUCGCCCUACUUCCACGACCAGGUGCUGCUGAAGAACGUCACCACGGUCUCGCUGCCGUCGGUCAUGGACCCGCUGGCCUUCGAGAGCGUGCUUAGCUCUGCCUACACCGGCCAGCUCAGCAUCGUGCGCGAUGACAUCGUCAACUACGUGACGGUGGCCAGCUUCCUGCAGAUGUGGCACAUCGUGGACAAGUGCACCGAGAUCCUGAAGCGCCCACGGGCCGCGGCGGGGGGCGGACCGGGUGGCGGGGGGCCCCAGAACGCGCCGUCCCGGCAGCAGUCCCCCAGCAGCACCGACUGCCUGUACGCGGAGAGGGAGCGGGAGAGGGGGGAGAGGCCGAGGGGCGGGGAGGUCACGGAGAGGGACGCGUCUGAGAGGGAUGCCAGGGAGAGGGGGCAGGGCAGCCCCAUCUCCCUGGAGAAGAGGGGCCAUGGGCAGGAUCAGGGCUGCCUGCCCCCCCUGGCCUCCUGGCGGAGGCCGCAGCAGCUGUCCCGCUGGGGGCGUUCCCGGCCCCUGGUCCAGCCGCCCCAGCCCCCCCUGUCCGGGCCCCCCCAGUCUUCCGCGGACUCCCAGCUGGACCCCAGCCUGGGUGCAGAGAGCGAUUACUCCAGCUGUGAGGAGAUCUGGCUGUCCGGCAGCGGGAAGGCCAGCCCCCGCGGGCACGAGGGUGGGGGGGGGAACCCCUGCAGGCCCGGCCUGGAGCACCCCGGCAGGGCGGGGGCCCACAGCUCCUCUGGACACACAGGCGAGGCUGGGAGACAGAGGCUGAGACCAAGCAGACCGAAGGGGCCCCCCCAGACCUGCCCCACCAACGACUUCCAGAAAUUCGGGGGCAGGGAGCCGCAGGGGAAGAGGAAGAGAGAGAGGGGGACAGAAGCGGAUGAAGGAAUGGGAGAAACGGUGAGGGAAGACGGGAUGGACCGAACAGAGAAGGCAGGGCAUUCCGGAGAGUACCCCACCAGCAUGUACCAGGGAGAUGACCUUGAGGCGGUGGAUGAAGGUGACGACCUAGAGGGUGUACAGAAGGAGGAGAGAGACCCAGAGAGCAAUGCUGACAUUGGGCCCCCUCAUGGGGCAGUGAUGGAGGCAGUGGUGCCUGGCCCUUCAUGCCCAGGCCCGCUACUCCCUGGGCGGAUGCAGUGGCAGGCGAGCCCCUGGCUUCAGCCAGGCGGCAGGCCUCUGGAGGGGGAGGAGGAAGACGAUGACGACGAAGAGGAGGAAGUGGAUUUUGGCCGAUUUGCAGAUGAGAGCGGGGUUUCCUUUGGCGGACAAACUUAUGAUGAAAUCGAAGAUGGCACCGGGCAAGUAUCGCAGAGGCCUUUGGUGCCCGCGUCACCAAAUGACGAUGGCGAGUAUCUCCUGGGACCUCCGGAAUUAAGCUGGCCGCCUCCAAACAUCGCCACCCAGGGGCCGGGAGGUGCAAUUGCGCCCAGCACCAGCCGGCACUUGUCUCCAUCCUCGGCCCCGUUCCCGCCUUCCUCCUCUCCCCCCAUCCCAUCCUCCUCCUCCCUCUCGCUCGCCGGCGCCCCCUACACGGGUAAGGUGCACUUCUGCCACUGUGGCAAGGCCUACACCCUGAAGAGCAUGCGGGACCGCCAUGUCAAGAUGCAGCACCUCAACCUGCGGCCGUUCGCCUGCCCCGUCUGCGCCAAGACCUUCAAGAUGAAGCACCACCUGACCAAGCACCUGAAGACGCACGGCAGCCUGAGGCCAUACGAGUGCGGCCUCUGCGGGAAGAAGGUGAUCUGGCGGGACAGCUUCCUGCGGCACCAGGCGCGCUGCGAGAGGCUGGCGGCUGCCGGCAUGCCGCCCGGGUAUGACUCUGGCGUGGGCGCUGGCGCCAGCAGCAACGACGCGGAGGAUGGCUACGGCUACGGCUUCGAGGAGGGGGAGGGGUUUCUGUCCGAGGCCGGCCAGGUGAAGGUGGAGGAGGCGGACUUUCAGGGGGAGGCAGAGUCGGCGAUGGGGGGGUUGCUCGGGGGGGUGUCUGCGGAGGGUCUUGAGGUCGGGACCCAGGCUAGGACUAUGGGGGGGCAGGGGUUGAAAGAGGAGGCGGAUAGGUACAGCUGAGAGGGGGAGGACAGAGCCUGGUGUUCCUGGCGGCUUCUGGGUUUUAACAGGGCUUUUUUUUCCGUUAACUAAGGGAGAGGUUGUCAGCCCUGGUCAAGGGGGACGUAAUUAGAACAAUCAUAGUAAUAAAGGAACACAGGCGAUUCGGAGUCUUACUGCUGAAAUUCUGAGUGCCUCAAACACUGUAAUGAUUGAUCCAGUAGUGUAUUUAAGAGCUUGGAACAAAAACCAGAAACAUCUUUAUGUACUCUAGUGAUCUGAUACCGUGAGGCAUGCCUUUUCCAAUGAAAGUCUGAAUUUUGGGUUGACUUUGGGUUAAAAUUGAUACUUUUUGGACAUUUGAACUGAAAUCAAUGAAGCUCAGCUCUGUAAACACCCAGUAAAUUUCCCUUCAGAUAUGUAAAUUAUGAAAACGGUCAGUUAUUUCUGUGGCGGGCCAUAUUCUGAGAAAAUCGUUAAUAUUAAGUUUCAGGUUACCUGUUUUUAGCAGCAACUGAAGGACACUGCCCUGCAAACUGGAGUGUCGUUCACUCACUCAGAUUCAGAUUCACUCAGAGUGACUCUCUCACCCAAUAACUCCCUGACUCACCGAGUGAGUGAAUCCCUGUUCAGUGAAUGGCAUUACCUCGUUUCACCACUAGAUGAGGCCGGAGAGAUGCAUUCCCAGAAUCCCAGCCUCCAUACAAUGAUUAUUCAGUUCUUGCUGUCAGAUGCAGCAUUCUUUAAUGGGUGAGAACAACCUUUUGAACUUUCCAGUUACUGGUACUAACUUAUUGAGCUUUGAUUUCGUUUCCACCGCCAGAGUUCAUGUCAGUGUUGCAGUGUGAGGCAGAGGGCACAUUGAUGUUGUAUGGGACGAACCAGCGCAGACAUCUGGUUUAAGGGCAGCCACGUACUAACUUAAAUUUACUAACAGUGUGAAUCCUUACGAAUCCUUCGGUCUAAUCUGAUGCGAAAUGCCUUGAAGCCAGUCUUGAGAUAUAACAGUGCACUGUGUGUAGUGGUCUUGAUUCCGCUGGUAAAUACUGAGCUUUCAAUCUUACCCUUUAUGAAAAAAUAUAAACGCUAAUUACCAAAGAACCCAAAAUGGAAAAACAAAAGAAUUGCUUUGGGACACCAUAACACAAGCCAGGUUUUUUUCUGUCAAAUUAGCUGGGAUGCAGGUAAUUGGCUUGACGACAUAUUUAUCAGGAAAUGUCUCAUUUUAAUGCUCACAAUUUCCUGUGUCUUAAUUUGGCAUACUGUACGUGCGCAAUUUUCAUUGCUUUGCAAACUCAUUAGGGACAGAUCGUGAGCUGCUACCCGAGUUUUGGUUUUAAUGACGGAAAUUUUGAAUACAGAGUUGAAGGAACUCUUACCUCAGCCAGGCUGCCAAUUAUCAGAUCACAAAACGCAAGUGCUCCAUUUAAGCAAUUCAGAAUAAUUUCAGCGAUCCCACAGCAGCCCUGAAACCAGCUUAAAGUGACUAAGUGCUUCAGUUUCUGGUGCCUGAAAAUCUUUAUUAUCUAAAG